AUGCAAGCCAGAAGACAACUCAUCUCUUCCGCCCGGCGUUUCGUCGGGUCAUCGUCACCCAGACCUACACGACUAAUCUCAAGAGCCAUCAUCAACGAAUCUGCUGCACUCAGAAGCAGUAGCAGGCUUCUACCAACGAUAGCCAUCAGGAAUUAUGCAAACGGAAGACCUCAUCCCCCAGGCGGUACACACCGCAUGAACAUGGGUGGCGAGCCAGAGAAACCGGCACUCGAGCAAUUCGGAAUCGACCUGACGGCGAAAGCCAAGGAGGGAAAGCUCGACCCUGUCAUUGGACGUGACGCUGAAAUCCAACGAACUAUUCAGAUUCUAUCACGGCGGACAAAGAACAACCCUGUCGUGAUUGGCAAAGCCGGCACCGGCAAGACAGCCAUCCUCGAAGGCCUUGCACUGAGAAUUGUGCGUGGCGACGUCCCGGAGAGCAUCAAGAAUAAGCGUGUUAUUUCCCUGGACCUGGGCUCGCUGAUUGCGGGCGCAAAGUUCAGGGGAGACUUUGAAGAGAGACUGAAAAAGGUCUUGACCGAGGUCCAGCAGGCAGAGGGCGAAGUCAUCCUCUUCAUCGAUGAACUGCACACAUUGCUCGGCCUCGGCAAGGCCGAAGGAUCGAUCGAUGCGAGCAACCUGCUGAAGCCAGCACUUGCGCGUGGCGAGCUUCAGUGCUGCGGUGCAACUACAUUGGAGGAGUACCGCCUUAUCGAAAAGGACGUUGCCCUUGCCCGGAGAUUCCAGCCCAUUAUUGUCAACGAACCCACCGUCCAAGACACAGUUAGCAUCCUACGCGGUAUCAAAGACAAGUACGAAGUCCACCACGGUGUCCGCAUUACCGAUGGUGCCCUGGUGGCAGCCGCUACCUACUCUAACCGCUAUAUCACCGACCGAUUCUUGCCUGAUAAGGCAAUCGACCUGAUGGACGAGGCUGCCAGUCAUCUCAAGCUCGAGCAUGAAUCGAAACCGGAAGACAUCAUGGCCCUCGACCAGAAGAUCAUGACCAUUCAGAUUGAACUCGAAAGCUUGCGCAAGGAAAAGGACGUAGCCAGCCAAGAGCGUCGCGACAAGCUGCAGACGGAUCUGAAGAAGUACGAAGACGAGAUCGCUGAGCUCACCAAGCGCUGGGAGGCUGAACGUGGCGAGAUCGAUGCCGUCAAGAAGACUCAGGAGGAGCUCGACAAGGCCAGAAUCGAGCUGGACCAGGCACAGAGAGAAGGAAACUUCGGCCGCGCGUCUGAGUUGAGAUACAGCGUCAUCCCCGCCCUUGAGCAAAAGAUUCCCAAAGACGGUGAAAAGUCAGACGGCAGCCUUAUUCACGAUGCCGUCACUGCGGAUGACAUCGCAGCGGUCGUUUCAAAGGUGACGGGCAUUCCCAUUUCUAAGCUUACCUCUGGCCACAUUGAGAAGCUCGUGCACAUGGAAGACUCCCUACGUGAGGCUGUCCGCGGCCAGGACGAGGCAAUCAAGGCCGUCUCCAACGCCGUGCGCCUCCAGCGUGCCGGUCUCAGUGGCGAGAACAGGCCGCUGGCGUCCUUCUUCUUCCUCGGACCGACCGGUGUCGGAAAGACGGAGCUCUGCAAGAAGCUCGCGGGCUUCCUCUUCUCCACCGAGUCGGCCGUCGUUAGAUUCGACAUGAGCGAGUUCCAGGAAAAGCACACCAUCUCCCGCCUCAUCGGAGCGCCCUCCGGCUACGUGGGCUACGAAGACGCCGGCCAGCUCACCGAGGCCGUUCGCCGCAAGCCUUAUGCCGUCCUCCUCUUUGACGAGUUCGAGAAGGCCCACCGCGACAUCUCAGCCCUCCUCCUCCAAGUCCUUGACGAGGGCUACCUCACCGACGCCCAGGGUCAUAAGGUCGAUUUCCGCAACACCAUCAUCGUGCUGACGUCCAAUCUCGGUGCGGACAUCCUCGUCGGCGCGGACCACAUUCACCCGUACAAGGAAACAGCCGACGGCGAGAUUGACCCUUCCAUCCGCAAGGCCGUCAUGGACGUCGUGGCCGCAAACUACCCACCAGAAUUCCUCAACCGCAUUGAUUCCUUCAUCGUCUUCAAGCGCCUCGCCCUCGCCGCCCUUCGGGACAUUGUCGACAUCCGCCUGCACGAGUUACAGCAGCGACUCGACGACAAGCGCAUCACACUCGACGUCGGCGGCGAGGUACGAGACUGGCUCGCGGAGCGCGGCUACGAUCCCAAGUUCGGCGCGAGGCCGCUUAACCGCCUCAUCACCAACGAGAUUGGCAAUGGGCUCGCGGACAAGAUCAUCCGCGGCGAAUUGCGUUCUGGUGAGACGGCGGUUGUCAGUAUCAAGGAGGAUAACUCGGGCCUCGAAGUUGCGGCUCAGUCAAAGGCGUGA